GAUCUGUGUAUCAGAAGGAAAGCAGGGGGACCUUUUCUAGAGAGACGCUGCUCAGGACUUUGACAUAAAAUCACCUCUUUUGUCCUCUUCUUCGUUGACACUUUGACGUUUGGCGGACUGGAGCGGCUUUAACGCGGCGUGUUGUUGGCGCAGACAGCCAGCUGAAAGAGGUCACAACACAUCUGUAACCAUGACAGCAGAGGAGACAAUCAGCAUCAAGGAGGCAGAGGUGAUCAAGGUCAUCCUGGACUUUCUGAACUCUAGGAAGCUGCACAUCAGCAUGCUGGCUUUAGAGAAGGAAAGUGGUGUAAUCAAUGGACUCUACUCUGAUGAUAUGCUGUUCCUCAGGCAACUCAUUCUGGAUGGCCAGUGGGAGGAGGUGAUGCAGUUUAUUCAACCUCUAGAAGGAAUGGAGAAGUUUGACAAGAAAAGGUUCCGCUACAUUGUUCUGAAACAGAAGUUCCUGGAAGCUCUGUGUGUAAAUAAUGCCAUGUCUGCUGCUGAAGAUCCCCAAAAUCUGGAGCUCACCAUGCAAGAAGCAGUGAAAUGCCUCAACAGUCUGGAGGAGUUCUGCCCAUCCAAAGAGGACUACAGUAAGCUUUGCCUCCUCCUCACCCUGCCGCGCCUCACCCACCACGCAGAGUUUAAAGACUGGAACCCGAGCACGGCACGUGUCCAUUGCUUCGAGGAGGCCUGUGCUAUGGUGGCUGAGUUUAUCCCUGCGGACAGGAAGCUGAGUGAGGCAGGCUUCAGGGCGAGCGGGAAUCGUCUUUUCCAGCUGCUCAUCAAAGGGAUCCUUUAUGAAUGCUGUGUCGAGUUCUGUCAGAGUAAGGCAACAGGUGAGGAGAUCACAGAGGGCGAGGUCUUGCUUGGUGUGGAUUUACUCUGUGGAAAUGGCUGUGAUGAGCUGGACUUGUCACUGCUGUCCUGGCUGCAGAACCUCUCUCCGGGUGCCUUCUCCUGCGCCUUCGAGCAAAAGACCCUCAACAUCCACGUCGACCGUCUGGUGAAGCCAAGCAAAGCCGGCCAUGCCGACCUCCUCACUCCUUUGAUCAACCGUCUGUCCCCCUGCCCUGCCUCACCCUUCCGCCAGAGGCCUCAUUCAGCCGACACCUACAUGUCCAGAUCUUUAAACCCAGCUUUGGAUGGUCUGUCUCAUGGCCUUGCAUCCCAAGAAAAGAGAGGCAUGGAUGCAAAUGUUAAGUCUGCCCUCAGUCGGAGCCUGGUGGAGAAUAAUGUGCAUCAAGAGGAUGAUUCACCUGAAAGGAAGCAGCGUCAUGGUCAGGAGGGGCACAACACCACACGCACCCCUUUGACUCCUGGAAAAGAUGGAGGACCCCCCUGCAGCACAGAAACAAAUGAGCGUCUUGACUCCACAGAGCACAUCCAGGAGUAUUACAGGCAGCGUCUCCGUGUGCAGCAGCAUCUGGAGCAGAAGCAGCAGCAGAGGCAGCUUUACCAGCAGAUGCUGCUGGAGGGAGGAGUGAAGCCCCUGGAUGGUACCCAAAACAACCUCACUGAGACCUUCCUGAACAGAUCCAUUCAGAAGUUGGAGGAGAUGAAUGUGGGCAUCGACCACAGAGGAGACGAGGUGAUGUCUCAUCUGGGCCAGCAGAGAAACGGGCUGCCAGGGAACACCAGCACCUCUAGUCCCAGAGCCACCAACAACCGGCACACCCCAGACACUGGACCGCCAAGGGACAAGCCAGGUGGAUGGGUCAGCAGCACACCGUUAAAGACUGGAAGUCAUGGUUUAUCCUCCCUCAGUGAAUCCCCGGUUCCAGCAAGUAAAAGUGCAGAGAGGAUCAGAGGGUCCUGUCCAACAGUCCAAGGUGAUGCUGGCAGCACUGGGACACGAAACUUACAAGAGCUCGGAAAGUCCAAAACACAGUUUGUCAAAGUGAGCCAACUUGAGGACACACAGGCAGUGCGUGCAGUGGCUUUUCAUCCUGCCGGAGCACUUUAUGCUGUUGGCUCCAACUCCAAAACCCUGAGAGUCUGCGCCUACCCAGAGACACUGACUCCCAGUGGUUCUGGUGCUCUAAAGCAGCCGGUUGUGCGGUUCAGGAGGAACAAACACCACAAGGGUUCAAUCUACUGUGUGGCCUGGAGCCACUGUGGACAGCUGCUGGCUACAGGCUCCAACGAUAAAUAUGUCAAAGUCCUGCCUUUCAAUGCAGACAGUUGGAAUGCUACAGGCCCAGACCUGGAGUUCAGCAUGCAUGAUGGUACCAUCAGGGACCUGGCUUUUAUGGAGGGCCCUGAGAGUGGAGGAUCCAUCUUGAUCAGUGCGGGAGCUGGAGACUGUAACAUCUACACAACAGACUGUCAGAGAGGACAGGGCCUUCAUGCCCUGAGCGGACACACUGGUCACAUUCUGACUCUGUACACAUGGGGAGGAUGGAUGAUUGCGUCUGGAUCCCAGGACAAGACGGUUCGGUUCUGGGACCUGCGAGUGCCCAGCUGUGUGCGGGUGGUGGGCACAACUCUGCAUGGCUCUGGAAGUGCAGUUGCUUCGGUGGCGGUGGAUCCCAGUGGGCGCUUGCUGGCCACAGGUCAGGAGGACAGCACCUGCAUGUUGUAUGACAUCAAAGGAGGUCGCAUAGUUCAGACGUACCGUCCACACGGCAGCGACAUUCGCUCAGUGCGCUUCUCGCCCGGAGCACAUCAUCUACUCACCGGCUCCUACGACAACAAAAUCAUCAUCAGUGACCUUCAAGGUGACCUCACAAAGCCCCUCCCUCAGACUGUGGCAGGCGAGCACUGGGAUAAGGUGAUCCAGUGCAGAUGGCACCCUCAUGACCGGACCUUCCUCUCCUCAUCUGCAGACCGAACUGUGGUCCUUUGGGCACCGGGUCCCUGAGAUAUUCACUCUGUAAACACGUCGACAGCAGCAGCAGAAGGCACAAGAACAAAGCCACUGCUGGGGUGUUUGUGUGCAGACGUGAAUCCAUUCAGUGAGCUGUUUGUGUGCUGCUCAGAGUUAACUGUGUGUGACUUUUCUUUGUGUAUUAGGGGGAGAUCACAGUCACUCUAAAGUUGUGCAUUUGUGAGAGUGUGUUUCCAUACUACUGUGUAUGUCUUUUGUUAAUUUGCCUAAGCAAGUGCAGCUCUCUGAAAGUAAGUGCACGUUUUUGGCUUUGCGGUUUAUUUAAGUUGAGCAAAAUGCCAUAAAAAUGACAAAAGAUGUUUGAUGUAAAUCCUCAGUGUUCACUUUCAUGUGGUAAUCGGUGUGUGUGUUUUUAUGUGUAUGUGUUCACCUAAAACCUUUUUGGCUUUUUAAAGCAGAGCAAAGAUGAACAAAGAUGUGGUAACAAUAGAAAUGACCAAUAUUGCCUGUAUUGACAAGCAUGAGUGAGUUCACAAAAAGCACACCCUUUAGUAUAUUUUUUUUCUCACACAUGCAAGACUACAUUUUAGUCAACAUUAUUUCAGAACAUGGGGGUCACUUUUGAAGUAGCAACAUAAAGUACUGCUAUUUCCAUAGGAGAGGUGAGCUGGUUUCUUUGUUAUGCAUAUCAUAAUGUGCCUUUUUGUAACAUUUGUAGAGCUAUUUGGAUGCUUGGAUUUACAGAGAGAUUUAUUUAUUUAUUUUCAGCUUUAUUUUGGUAAUUUCUCAUAUGCCUAGCCAUUUAAAAUGUUUGUAAUGUCACUGUUGUACAGAAAACGAUCGUCCUAAAGGGACUGUACACACUUGUAUAAACAAAGUUGUCCCCUGUGAUGGAUGUUGAAAACACUUGCAUAUGUUCAUGAUUGGAAUUCCAGUCAUUUUUUUUUUGGAACAAUUGUUGUUUAGCGUUCUAGGAGAAAGCUAUGGGAAUGUGUUCACAUUGGAGCUAAAGUUUUAAAAACUGGGUUUGUAGCAUUUUGCGCAUUUCAUCUGUAAAUACUCUGAGCUCACUGGUGCAGCUGAAUUAAAAGGAAAUGAAUUGUGGUGAAAGUUCAAUCUAUAUUUCAUCAAGCAGGAGCUGUUUAGGAUUGACAGUGCCCCCUGAAGUGCACCACUUAUCCAACUAUAGAUGUAAAGCAGGGACUCACCAGCUCUGGGAAUUUUCAGGAUGUAGAGUAAACUCGGGAAAUGAGGCACUUUAAGGUAAACGCUGUUGGAUUGCACAAUGUGAAAUGACAAAUCAGAGCACAUCCCUAUCCUUUAAUGAUUUUAUCUUUUGUGCACCUAUGCAGAAACCUGGUGGUUGUAAUGUAGAGGAGAGAGUGAAUGUUAGAUUGUUGUAUUCCUAAUUUUUUUAACAUCAUCUGCCACUCACAAUGCCAUAUUACUGUCAUUUGAAAGUGGUGUUAUUUUUUAAAUGUCUGUGUAAUUAUUGAACUGC